ACCCAGACAAAAAAGUAAACAUUUCCGUUGUUUUGGCUGGUUGAAGUAUUUUGCAAUAAAUUUAUAUUUAUUUUAAAAUAAUUAUUGUUCAAAUAAAAAGAUAUGUCUGGACGGAAAGGUGAAGAUCGAUCUAAAAGGAAAGGGGCAAGCCUAAUGAACCAGAUGGGUAUGGGAGGAAUGGAUGAUAUGUAUGGAAUGGAUGGAGAUGAUGAUUUUGAGGCUGAAUUAGCUGAGUUAAUGGGAGAAGAGAGACCUAAAAAGGAUGCACCGAAGAGAAAAGCUGAGGGAGUUAAUCUAGAUAUGAUCAAUAAAUUAGCUGCUGAAAAUAUGAAAAGUUUUGACUCAGAUGAAGAGAUGUCUGACACAGAGGAUCCAGAAUUGCUGGCAGAAUUAGCAGAUUUAGCUGGAAGUUCAAGUCCUGAAAAGUCUCCAGAAAAGGAAGUUAAGAAGCCAAUGAUACCACCACCUGUACAACCUAGAUCACAACCUUCUCAACCUGCUCCAUCACAAACACAAAUAUUUAUGCCAACUACAAGUGGUACACCAAAUCAAGCAACAGGUGGACCAACUGCCAGCCCUUCAGUAUCACAAACAUCAACAAUUGAUAAACAAACGCACAGAAUGUUAACAAGUAGAAGAGAUCAAUAUAAACAAGCAGCUUUACAAGCCAAGCACAACAAUGAUAUAAAAACGGCUUCUCAAUAUGUCAGAAUUUCUAAACAAUUUGACAAUGUUAUAAUAGCUUUAGAGGAAGGUAAAGAAAUUGAUCUAUCCCAAAUGCCUCCAUCGCCACCACCAAUUAGUUCAUCAACUACUAUUCAAGCAGAUGUGCUGUCUAGAGUACAGCCCCCUGUUUCUCAAGUUGAACGUUCUUCUAUGCAAGCAACUGGUGAUAAAACACCAGAACUAGAAUUGCCUACAACUACACAUGAAGAAGAGAAAGAUUUAUUUAAAGCACCAGAAGAACCAACGACAGUAAUGGAAGCAUUAGAACAAAGAUUAGCUAAAUAUAAAACAGCAGAAGAACAAGCUAAAACAGCUAAUGAGAGUGGUAAAGCUAGACGAAUGGGGCGUAUUGUUAAACAAUAUCAAGAUGCAAUAAAAUGUCAUAAAGCCGGAAAACCAGUAGAUUACGAAGAGUUACCCACACCACCAGGUUUUGGACCAAUACCUGUUGGUGCUCCAUCACCUGCUCCAUCACCUAAGAAACAACAAGCGAUCAGCAGUGGUGGUGGUGCAGUAGGUGGCAUUCCGAAAUCACCAAGUACCGGUGCAGUAGGCGGAGCAGUUGCAAGUUCUUCAGCUCCAGUAGUUUCUCCCCAGAAUGCAAAAGCAGCAUCUUUAAGACCAUCGCCACAACCUAGAGCUCCACCAGCAAUGGCUGCAUCUCCAAAUUCUAGCAGUACAUCUGUUCAUGGUGGUAAAUCGCCAGGACAACAUCCCAACAGAGGAGAAUCGGUAAGAAAAGGUCACUCUAAAUCAGAUCAACAAUUAGCUUUUCUUAAAGAAAGAUCUGAAGAAUUUAAAGUUUGUGCCUUAAAUGCAAAGAAAAAUAAUGACUUAGAGUUAGCUAAAAAAUAUAUCAGAAUAAUGAAGGGCUUAGAACCAAUGAUAUUAGCAGCUGAGAGUGGUUUACCUGUUGAUUUAUCCCAGGUACCUAAAUCACCUAAUAUGCCCGAUGAUGAAGACAAGUUUGUGAUAGUAUCAGAAGAAGAUUGUGUUCCCACCGGUGAUAGAACAGAAGUAUAUCAAAAACUAGAAGCUGAUCUCGUACAACAAAUUAGAAUAUGUGUAACCAACAGUCAACAUUAUACAAAAUUAGGUGAUGUACCUGCUGCUUCAAAGUUUCAGAAAUUAGAACAAAAUUGUAGAAAAGAUCUUGAUGCUCUGAAAAAUGCCUUUAGACAUGGUGACCCAGUCCCACGAUUUCACUACGAAACAAAGAGUUUCUCUAUGGUGCAAAGUAAUUCUGAUCUGGGUGAUAAUGAUUUGGAGUUAGUUAUUGUUAGAGGAAUACAGUAUAAUUUACCUGCAGAUUAUGAAGAAAAGAAGUUUGAUACAUAUGUAACAUAUGAUUUUCCUUUUCCUACAGAAGAAGGUCAAAAAGGUCAAUCGUCCACAGUUAAAGGAAGUAUAAAUCCAGAAUAUGAAGAAAAUUUCAAGAUUUCUAUAGCUAGAAAAUCCAGAUCAUUUAUUCGGGUUGUAGAAAGAAAGUCUAUUAAAUUAGAUGUUUUUUAUAAACGAGGGUUUUUUAAGAGUGAGAAGUUAUUGGGAUCUAUAAAUGUGAAGCUACAACCAUUUGAAAGUAAUUGUGUAAUACAUGAUAGUUAUGAUUUAAUGGAUGGUAGGAAAUCUGUUGGUGGUAAAUUAGAAAUUAAGAUGAGAAUACGAGAUCCAAUGAAAAGUAAACAAGUAGAGGAAGUGAAAGAAAAAUGGCUGGUCAUAGAUCAGUUUAUGAGAACAGCAGCUUCUAAGAGCCAUAUAGCACCCCCGAAACCUAAAAAUGAAGGUACCUCUUGUAUAGAUGUUUUAAAAUUUGAAAAACAACAAUUAGACAAACAGAUUUCUGCUUUAAAAGACAGUUUAACAGAAUUACAGACACAGACUUUAAAACAUAAAAGUUGUUUAAUUCAAGAAAAAAUAGAAUUACAAGAAAAACAUAUACGGGAGGGAGGAGCACCAGCCUUGAAGAGUUAUCUGAUAGCAAUUCAAAGUGAAAUACCAGCUUUUGUACAAGAAGCCCAACAAUUAACAAAAGUUGGAGAAAUCCAGAAAGCACAAACCAUAUUAACAAAGAAAAAAUUGGCAGAAAAAGAGUUUGCUGCAUACAGAAGUAAAUACCCAAAUUUAUAAACAGACAAUUUAUCCAAUGCCUGUUUUUAUUACAAUAUAUGCAUACUAUACUAUAGACCAGCCGUUGUUAAAAAUUGAUGUUAUCUUUUUAGUGAUAUAAUUAUUUUAAAUAGUACUAUUUACAUUUGAAAACGUCAACAAUAUUUAUGUUCUACUUCUGAAAAGGACCCAUGUAUUGUUAAUACAUUGAGUGGGUAUAUAUUAUAUUAUUUACUAAUGUAAAUAUGGACAUUUAUGUAUGUAUAUUUUGUGAUGUAAUGGUUUAAGGUCUAUAUUUUUAUACACUUUGUUGUGUUGUGAUAUGUUAUAUUUCCUUGUUUUUCUUGUGUUUAUUUUAUAUUAACUUGCAUCACUAGAAGAAAAAAAAUAUACCUAGUGCAAGUGUAGACAAGAAGUGUCCUUAUUUGACACAAGGUCAAUCACCGAUAAAAAAGAUAUUCUCUAUGAAUGUUGAGUUGCGCUUUUAAUUAUUCAAUGCAAGCACGAGUCAUCAUAGGUCACAAGCCCAGUUGGAAGUAGGCUACGCACAAAAUCUUUGCAAAGGUUUGACUUUGAGUUGUUUUAUAGCUAUGCAUAUUCUUUAUUUAAAUAAAUACACAGAAUAAUUAUAAUGUUAAUAUAUGAUGUAUUUUGAUUAUUUAUGGAGAUUAAAACUAAUGUCUUCAAGGGACGGCAGGAUGGGGUGUUACUGAUGACUUAAAAGGCGGGAGGGUGUUGACACUGAGGUUUGGGGAUGGAGUGUUGAAUUUUAUUUCUUAAAGUGAUAAUAAGAAAUAAUUCAGAAAGUUAGCCUUUAUUACCAGAAAGAAGUAUACUGAGGUAAAACCCUUUACACGUAUUCAAGAAAUUGUUUUAAUAAGGCCUCUUCUGUAUAAUAGGUUAAUGGACAUUGAACAAAUAUUUUAUAGAGUUGAGGUAAUCAUAGAAAAUAUUAAUUAUCCAGUGACAUAAGCACCGAUGUUACAAUUAGUUAUGUUUUAUAUUAUGUUUAAUAAAUGUUAUGUUGUGAAUGUUAAUGGUGCAAUGUUAAACACUGGAAUGUACUGGUAAUAUAAUUAAAUAUUUAAUAUAAUGCACAUUAUCAUGUAUUUAUAGUAUAAAGAAAUUCUGUUUAUGUUUCAUCCUGUAUAUGUAUAUAGAUUUUAGUAGUUGUAUAUAAAACCCUUUUGUACAUAUAAUACUGGCUUCAUCUGUUGUUUUUUUUAUUACUAAAAUAUAUAAAGUUAAUUUCAACCUA